AUGUCCAGCCCAACACUCAUCUUCAUACAUGGCUCCUGGCACCAACCUACAUGCUACGAUCCAAUCAUCAAGCUCAUCGAAACACAAAAAAACCUCAAAUGCAUCGCAAUAACCCUCCCUUCAACAACAGGGAACCCAUCCGCAACAUUCAAAGAUGACCUAGACGUGGCCCGCGAAGCCAUCUCCAACGAACUCGACCACGAGCGCAACGUAGUAGUCAUCGCACACUCAUACGGUGGCAUGGUCGGCAACAGCGCCAUAGAAGGGUUUACGAAAUCAACCACCACCCAAUCAAAAGCCCACGUCAUUGGUCUGAUCCUAAUCGCUUCUGGAUUCACUCUGACCGGUCUCACAUUCAUGGAUCCAUUCCUUGGCCACCCGCCUCCUGCAUGGCGCGUGAAUCGUGAAACGGGGUACGCGGAGCUUGUGGCUUCGCCGCGUGAAUUUUUCUAUCACGAUGUGCCGGAUGAGGAGGCUGAGUAUUGGGUUUCUCAACUUACGAGUCAGAGUUUGAAGGCUUUGUUCGAGGGUGGGGAGCAUACUUAUGCGGGGUGGAAGGAUGUACCGUCGUGGUAUAUUGGGACUACUGAGGAUCGGGGCAUACCGGUCCUGGCGCAGCGAAUGGGGGUUGGGAUGGCGAGGGAAAUGGGGGGUGUUGUUGAGCAUCGUGAGAUGGAGACGAGUCAUUCGCCGUUCUUGAGUCAACCUCAGGCGACGGUGGAUAUUAUUGUUGAGGCUGUUGAGGCUUUUACUGGGUCGCAGAAGAGUGAACCCGCGAGUGCUCGGCGUGUGGAUGUGCCUGUACCGGCUCUGCCAAGGGCUGUACUUUGGCAGCCGUCUACGUGGUUGAAGUUUGGACUCCCACUGGCAUUUGGGCACGUUUUGGGGAGAGGAAUUCUCGUAUUUGGAUGGGGCAAGAGGCUGUGGAGAUCGAGAUUUGGUCUGCGUAGUGUUUGA